UCACGUCAGCCGGAGAACAUGAUGCCUCCUGCGAGUCAACUCGUGGACUCUCGCAAACACGGCUGAAAUAGUAGAGCUCUAUUGUACCGGAGGAGCUGGCGUGACUACUCAACACGCUUUGCUAUUCCUGCUGAAGACUGGAGCGGACGGGCACCGGGCACCCUGGCAGGCACGCUGGCAUUUUCGACACGUUUUAGCCUCGUUAUCUUGAGGCUCCAGCGGCAGGUCUCUAUCUCCUCACCCCGAACCCUGGCGUUUCACUAACAGCAUGGUCAUGGCUGACUGUCACCAAAAGCCAGCAGCGCUCAGGGGUCCCGUCCGGGUGGGUUUUUACGACAUCGAGCGGACUCUCGGAAAGGGCAAUUUCGCGGUUGUGAAACUGGCCAGGCAUCGCAUAACUAAGACCGAGGUGGCUAUAAAGAUCAUCGACAAGACCCAGCUGGAUGCUGUAAACCUGGAGAAGAUCUAUCGUGAAGUGCAGAUCAUGAAAAUGCUGGACCAUCCGCACAUCAUUAAACUGUACCAGGUCAUGGAGACCAAGAAUAUGCUGUACCUUGUGACGGAAUACGCCAAGAAUGGAGAAAUCUUUGACUACCUAGCCAAGCAUGGACGGCUGAAUGAACCAGAGGCUCGACGCAAGUUCUGGCAAAUUCUGUCUGCUGUCGAGUACUGUCACAAUCGUAACAUCGUUCACCGGGACUUGAAGGCUGAGAACUUGCUGUUAGAUGGACACAUGAACAUCAAAAUUGCUGAUUUUGGCUUUGGAAAUUUCUUCCAGUCAGGCAAGCCUCUGGCCACAUGGUGUGGGAGUCCUCCAUAUGCGGCCCCGGAGGUGUUUGAGGGACAGCAGUAUGAGGGACCGCAGCUGGACAUCUGGAGUAUGGGGGUGGUUCUGUACGUGCUGGUGUGUGGCGCCCUGCCCUUUGACGGCCCCUCUCUCCCUGUCCUGCGGCAGCGUGUUCUGGAGGGCCGUUUCCGUAUCCCUUACUUCAUGACAGAAGACUGUGAGCAUCUAAUCAGGCGGAUGUUGGUGUUAGACCCCUCCAAGCGUCUGUCUAUAGGACAAAUAAAGGAGCACAAGUGGAUGUUGAUGGAGGUGCCUGUGCAGCGACCGAUGUUGUACCAGCAGACCACAGAGGGAGAGGCUGGAGUGAGCGAAUACAGCGAACAGGUGCUCAGGUUGAUGCACAGCCUGGGCAUUGACCAGCACAAGACUGUGGAGUCUCUUCAGAAUAAGAGUUACAAUCACUUUGCUGCUAUCUACUACUUGCUGGUUGAGAGGCUGAAGGCCCACCGCUGCAGCUUCCCAGUGGAGCCCCGACUCGACGCUCGCCAGAGACGCCCCAGUACGAUCGCAGAGCAGACCCUAGUCAAGGCGAGCAGCGCUGCCCCUCAAGUGAGUCUCCUGCCUCAGAACGUGCGUCUCCUGCGGCCUCCUGCUGUGCCUCAAACCCCUGCAGACUCCUUCACUUUCCCACAAUCCUCCUGUGCUGCGGAGCACAGCCUCAUGGAGGAGGAGGAAGUCGGGACUCCCAAAAUCAACGGCUGCAUGCUGGACCCCCUGCCCCCCGUGGCCGUUCGCAAAUCCAGUGCUUCAUCCCCCAGCAACAUGAUGGAGACGUCUAUAGAUGAGGGUAUCGAAACAGAGGAGCCAGACACAGAGGAUGAUCAUACCCACGUCUUCAACGCCUACCAGACAACCCGCUUUGGUCAGCGCAGACACACACUAUCUGAGGUCACCAACCAGCCAGGGAUCAUGACAAGUGGAGGUAAACUGUUCAGCAUGGGUCAUAACCCCUCUCUGGGUAGCGUGGACUCAGAGUAUGAUAUGGGCUCCAUGCACAGUGACCUCAGUCUGCUUGAAGACGGGCCCUCUCUUAAUGAGGUGGUCCUGGCCAACACACCAGUCACCCGCUUGACUCCACCGUUUAUCAGCGCUCGGCCUGCGAAUCCCACAAUGCAGGCACUGAGCACCCAGAGGAGAGAGACGCACAACCGCUCUCCCAUCAGCUUCAGAGAGGGCCGCAGGGCUUCAGACACAUCACUCACACAAGGCUUUGUGGCCUUUAGACAGCACCUACAGAAUCUGGCACGUACCAAAGGCAUCCUGGAGCUAAAUAAGGUGUACGAGCAGAUGGGCUCUGGAGAAACCCCAUCCCUGGGGAUGCUGAGCCCUCAGGCCCAUCCACAUGGCUUACUGGACCCUGCACUACAGGAGGAAAGAGGUCACCAGCUUGACAUUGCUCUAUGCUCAGGUGGAACACACCCCACUCUAAUAUCAAGGAGACAGAGUCUGGAGCCGCAGUACCUCCCCCACAUAAUACAGAACGCCACACUGAUGGCCAACAGCCCCAGCAGUUGUCAGAUGUUCUGCAAAGAAACUCCUCGCAGUCUGGAGCAGCAGCUGCAGGAACACAGGCUGCAACAGAAACGUCUGUAUCUGCAGAAACAAUCCCAAAUGCAGGCCUACUUCAACCAGAUGCACAUUGUGGAGGACCCUUUUGGUCCCUGUGCAACCAUGGGCCACCAGGACUCCGGAGCCCCACCUCAGCCGCAGGGUUCACUAGCACCAGCACAUCAGCAGCCGCAGAGCUCACCUACGUUUGCACACGCACAGCCACUUGGCUCCCUAAUGGAGCCCAACCCAGAAGCCCUAGCGUAUGAAACCUAUUACCCUCAGCUGCAGCCUCUACCACAAAGCUACUCCGCUCAACUGCAACAGCCUGAACCCCUCAACUACACCUAUCCACCCUGUGACCCAAGCCACACGCCAUCAGGAGAAGCACUGUACCCGGAGCAAUACGACUACCCUCUUGAUCCAGGGCAGCUGCCUCCACCAGCAGAGGUUGGCACAGCUGGCUAUGAAGGCCUGGCAUUGGGCGACCCAUUUCUGGACAGCGAAAUGAUGGAGACGGUGGAUUCUCAGCACGGUUUUGUGCUGGUGAACUAAGCUGAGACUCGAAUAACCAGUAUUACCUUGAUAUCUGACUCACUACGGGAUGAAUUGACGCAUGAGAUGACGUCACAGGGAUGGAUCGAGUUUUGUAAGUUGGACGUUUAGGUUAGGGCGAACGUGAGCUUGUAAUCUUUAUACUUCUACGAAACUCCUUCCUACCUCCCUCCUCGUUCUCCAGUGGUCCCACCUGCUGCUCUUUCACAAUAGAGUGCCGGAUGGUGUGGCGAUUGGGCCAGCCACGUUGGCGGCUCACCUCCUCUCGCCUCGGAGCCGACCGCAGGAUAGGAGCUGCUCGCUACGCGCCAUAUGUAGCACAAAGACAGCCUAGAUCUGCAAUACAGAGCCUGCUCGACAGCACAAUUAAACAUUGACAUGUUUUGUACUGAACAAAUCACUCGAAAGCAUCUGACUUUGUGAAAGACUAGUCGUGUGCACUCUGUACGUGCAAUGUUAGUUUAAAACACAUGGCAAUAGAGAAGCAAUAUACUGAUUCAUCUGGAACUAAAAAAAAAAACAAGCCAUAAGUAGGAACUACACCACGCGAAAUCAACCUGCUUUCAACUGAUGUUUCUUCUGCACGGCUCAAGUCCAAAUCCACAGAUACUUGCGGAUGAAGCUGUGAUUUAGAUAGAUUUUUUGUUAUUUCCCACUGGAUUUCCUUCUCACACUCAUCCUAAAAGCCCUAAGAAUAACAAUUAGUUCUCCUCGAACCACAGCAGUGUUAUUUUGCUUGCUAAUAUCACAGUUCCUGUGAAUCGGCACACAAAUUGGCACACCUUGAAGGAAUGACAGAUCUGACUCUCUUUACAUGGUGAUGAUUAAUGAGAAGCAUUCAUGGGUGACGUAGGCAUGUGUUUAAUUGAUUUAGGGAAUUCAAUCCUAAUUAUUUUUGCUGGGAUUUUUCCCCUUUGCAUUAAAGAAAACAUCAGCAUUCACGUUUAGUCACAAGACACUGGAUUGUUCGGCCAAUUCAUUGAAUUAAAGACAGAAAACAAAAGGCUGUUUUUGUCAGAAGCACUUAGUAAAUCUGUUCUACUUGAAAUGACAAGUCUGUGACUAAACUCAGAUUUCAGAAACAUUACAGAGAACGAUCGGAACCACAAAUUGAUGGUAAAAUUUGGGGGCUUUGUAACAGAACACAUAUUAAUGCAGAUAAGAUACUGGAGCACUUUGACAAGAAAGCUAAAGGAAAUGUAGCCGAGGAGACGGCAGAUGGGUGAGGUGAACCUGCUCUGCUAGUUUCCUUAAGUAAGUGACACAAAAUUCAUCUCUUUCCAGGCUCUAGCCAGCGCUCUCUCACAGAAGGAUAAAGAGAGAGCGCGAGGUAGUGAUUGUUUUGUGUAACGUAGGGGUUAGAACAUUUAAGUGCUUUCAAAAUGCAACCAAUUUUGUAUUUAAUGUGAUACUAGUGUUCCGUGUGCCUUUUUCUUCGUUCUUUUAAGUUAAGAUCUUAAAGAAAUAGUCCACCUAAAUAUGAACAUUCUGUCUUCGUUUACUCUCCCUCAUCAUGUUGACCCAAAUCUGUAUGCUUUCUUCUAUGAAACACUUUAUGGCAUCAAAACAGAUGCAAAAGUACCAUAAAGGUAUUAUUGAAAUGACACGAGGGUGAGUAGAUGAUGGCAGAAUGUUCAUUUUUGGGUGGAUUAUUCUGUAAUGAGUUUGUUUAUCGGUUUGAUUCUGUUGGUAUUGUUACAGGAUGUAGACCCAGGUUUUACAAAGGUACAAAACCAAAGUCCCCUCAGAAGUGUUCCUGUAUAACCCCACCGUGUGGAGUUCGGAGCUUCUUUGUCAGCUUUGUAACAGUGCUUUUCUUUUUGGUCAGUCAGAUCAGUAUAUGCCGUUGAAAAGUAUUAAUAGCAAUAUUUCUUAUGAAUAGUUCAGAAAGAACAGAUUAGUGAAUGUGUUGCCAUAUCAUAAUCACACCUCCUUGUUGGCGAGCACCAUUCCUUAGGCAUCCUACAAUCUACAUUUACCUUCAUGGUUGUUGACCACACAUAAGCUAAUGUGCUGUUAAAAUAAAAAAAUAUUGAAAAAA